CCCCCCCCUCCUUUGCUCUUCGCUUGAUUGACCUGAGUUUCAUGAGUAAACGAAUGCACAGUCUUCGAAAGAAGGUACGCCGUUUCUUCGCUGUACUCGCCUUUUCUUCCAUGUGUGUACAAGUAAGAGCGGACAUCUUCGAGACGAGAGUGAACCUCGCCCUCUGAUAUCGUAGAUUUAUGCACGACUGGCCUACCGUGAUCGCCUUCCUCUUCACUGGACACGUCCUCCUCGACGUGUACGUUUGACAUGUUCUCCGUUACCUCUUCCAUCUCGAGUUCUACCUCUUGCCUCAAGACCUCUUCAUCGCCGUCCUCUACACUAAGCCAAGUGCGCAUUGCGCUGAGCACUUCUUCUUCUGUGAGGCCAGAGGCGCUCUCGACAAACAAGUUGUCCGUCAACACCCGCGGCUUAGACCUAGCGUCGUCCAGGUCCUUGGCACUCUCCGGCAUGGACACCUUCUCGACCAUAUCGCACAGACAGGUCGUCCAGGGCGGCCGCCCCCGGGUCUUCUCGGUCCAACCACAAAACGCGUGCAUGGGUCGCCCGCACGGAUAGACUACUGAUGAACCAGUGACACCAGCAGUGCAGAUUUGAACUGGCACGUCGGUUCGCCGCAUGGCUUCAAGCCGGCAGCAGACGAACCGCUAUUAAGAUGGAAUGAAUCUUUCCAUACACCCACACGCAGUGUGCGGCUGCAUGCAGCAGACCGCUGUUGAUCAUCCAGGAUCUACAGGUGCUGCAGCGGCUCAGCGACCAUGGGUAGGGCAACCCANCGUGCAUGGGUCGCCCGCACGGAUAGACUACUGAUGAACCAGUGACACCAGCAGUGCAGAUUUGAACUGGCACGUCGGUUCGCCGCAUGGCUUCAAGCCGGCAGCAGACGAACCGCUAUUAAGAUGGAAUGAAUCUUUCCAUACACCCACACGCAGUGUGCGGCUGCAUGCAGCAGACCGCUGUUGAUCAUCCAGGAUCUACAGGUGCUGCAGCGGCUCAGCGACCAUGGGUAGGGCAACCCAGGAACGAGUUAUAUUUAUUUCGCGCGAAGCGCGAAAAAAAAACGAAGAGGCGUAUUCGAAUGACGCGUCCUCUCAUUGCCUUAAAGUUUGACAGAAAGAAUCCAUGUGUGGUUACUCAAUGCCCGAGGUUGCGGGUUCAAUCCCCAUUAGCGCCAAACUUUGUUUGCACCUUCCUUUUUUUCCCGAUUUUUCUUCACGAUGGGAGGGCCAUCACCACCUAUUGGCGGUAAAUUAGCGAGUAAACCACCGUUAACGCG